UGUCCCAGAUAUUAAAUGCAUGCCCUUUUUGAAAGCUAUCACAAAAAUAAUCUUGUUGUUUUUUUUAUUCACAUUAUCCUCUUUGGCCCCCCUUUUUUAACCAGAUUCAGGAAAUCCAGUAUCAUUUUCCUGAAUUAAGGGAUGAUCUAUUGCUCUUUACCAUGCCUUAUUUCGUGUCAUUUGUAGUCAGUUCAAUGUGGUUUUAAUAAAAAGAAACUGUGAAUGUAUUGUAUGCUUGAAACUCUUCAUUAAACCAUUUAGUUGUUUACACUUGACAUUUGAAGGACUUCUUUGAUAUUUGAAGGCUGUGAAUGACAAUUUUACUUGAUCUCAAGGCAUAAAUGUUUAUGUUAGAUGCAACACUAUAGCAACAGAUUUAUUGUCUGGUAAAUACAUAUAAAAAAUGCUGCUUCUACACAUGUUUCUCAUUUAUCCUAUAAUUAUAAAUUGUUUUUCAGACCUAUUACGCUGACUGUAGCAAAAUGUUGGGAUCCAACCCCCAAAGGAUACUUUACAUUACCUCCAAGUAUGUAUCAAUUUUUUGUUCUUUGUAAUAUGCCUAUUUCCCUAUGUGUUGAAUUUUCUUAUUAAUUCAUAACAGAAAAUUUGAGCUUUGUAAUACACAAGGGAAAGAUUUUACAACAAUUUGAAAACGUCAAAAUUUAUAAGGUUUUUUUGAGAAGCCACUUAACAUGACUAGGUGGCAAGAGUUGUUUUUCCAUACAAUCCUUUUAAUUUUCCGUAACCAUUGUUUUGAGAUAUACAACAGAAAAUUUACAGGUUACGUAAUUUUAAUAUGCUAAUAAUUACCAAAGCGAAUUGUUUUCAUGUUUACUGAAAGUUGAACAUGUGAUCAACCAUUGCACUUAGUUGUGUGCAGUGUGCUAACAUUUGGAUUACCUUUCUGUUUUCUGGUCUAGGUGAACCAAUUCGUCCUAUCGAUACGUCUGCGUGGGUCCAACACACAACAGCAAUGGCUCGUAUUAAAAAGUACUUUAAAGUCACCUCCGAAACUGAAAUUUUUAUGUACAUGAAUAAAAUAAGGGUUAACUGACAAGAAAAUCUCCUGCUUGUAAUUUGCUCAUGGUGUUGUUUUCUACUGAAUUUUAGAGCUUGGUAACCCAGCAGUCCAAUAUGGAAAACAGCUGAACAGCCAAUCCCUAACCACCAUGACAUCUACAAGCUCAUCAAUGAGGAGUUCCCUACCAGAGUCGGACAGUGAGUUGCUUUGUGGUUCUCAACCCUUAAAACUAUUAAAUAAAAUAUCAAACUUCAAAUUCUCAUUUGUUGCCCCCAUACAUUUCCUAAAAAGGAGUGGGGAGAAUUUGUUCAACUAUCAACUAUAUAUGUUUUGCAAAGUGACAGUAUACAGCUGUAACUGUUUGUAAGUUCUGUUGGCUUUAUUUAGUGUUUAUUUUCUCUUUUGUUCUAGGAUAUACGGAGCUUCCAGAAGGGGAAGGACUCUCAAUAAAUACAGACUUGAGCACUAUAGUAAAAACAAUGGCAGCUCCAGAUUCAGGUCUUGAUGUCAGGGAUAGGAUGUGGCUUAAAAUUACUAUUCCUAAUGCUUUUUUAGGUGUGUAUAAUCUUUGAUGCUUUCAUCAAACUUUACUGUUGAGCAUAGGGUAAACAGGGUUAACCUGUGUAGCUGGCAGAAUUGUUUGUGCGUGUGAGAGUGUUGGCAGUUAAGACAUAAAUCUCUAAGCUUUGUCGCAAGAAGCAAGCACCACAGCUUCCUAGCUCCUCUGCCAAAACUUUGCUCGUACUAACGAUCCUGCUGGCUACACGGGCUAACAUAGGAGAAUACAGGUCAUAGAAAACCUGGAAAGUCAUGGAAUUUAAGAAUUUUGUUUUCCAGGCCUGGAAAGUCUUGGAAAAUAAGUAACUUAUUGAAGUUAUGUUUAGUAGAUUAGUUACUGCAAUUAUUUCAAAGCAAGGACAUGGAAUUUGGAGACAGAGUGCAAAUGACAGUUCUUUUGGACAUCAGAGUUCGUCUCUCUUGAACUGAGUUAGAUAAAAAAAUCACCAAAAUUAAGAAUAGUUUAGAAAAUUUUUGAAAAUUACAGCCAAACCUAAGGUCGUGGAAAAAGUCAAGGAAAGUCAAGGAAUUUGAAAAGCUCAAAACAUUAAGAAAUUCUGGGUAAAGUGCAUGUUUCUCACAACGCCUUGUCUAAUUUCUUUAUUAUAUUUACACUGCAGGUUCUGAUGUUGUAGACUGGCUUUACAACCGUGUAGAAGGAUUUCAAGAUAGACGUGAAGCUAGAAAGUAUGCUUGCAAUCUUUUAAAGGUAGGCCUGUGCUUUGUCACUUCUACUCACUAGCACAUUACACGUCCUUAGUACAGACUUGUGAGGUCUGUACACUUAAAAAGUGUUGUCUUUGCUGUAAAUCAACCCAUGGGCUAAAGUUUAAUUUUCUUCUGAAUAAUUAAGAAAGUAACCUACGAAUUAGAUUACUAGACUCAUAAUAUUAUUAUCAGAUAAUCUUGUCAAUAACAUAUGUGGUAAAUGAUUUGGUAAUUAUUCUAGACUUUUCUACCUUUUUUUGUCGUUAAAAAUAAUUCUUUUUUUCUUGCCUACAGGCUGGCUUUAUUCGUCACACAGUGAAUAAAAUUACCUUCUCAGAACAGUGCUAUUAUGUUUUUGGAGAUCUUUGUGGAAGUAAGUUCUUUAUUUUCUUCCCUUUUAUAUUUUAGUCCAUGCCUUAGGGAUGAAAAUUUUAAAGAGUUAAUCUUCCAAAAUCAUCAGAGUUAUUUUCUUUGUUGUAUUAUCAAGCCAGGUUAUCUAUCUCCUAUAUUACCACUAAUUUAAUUAUUUAGAUUUUCAAAUAUAUUAACAGUCUUGUUUAUGGCCUAGAGCUAUUUUGAUACCCCAUACCACUCCGGAUGCUUCUGGUCUGAAACUAAAUUGGAGUAGCAGAUGUGCUGACUACUUAUUUUUGUGAUGAUGACUAAAUUAUUGUGGAUUGCAUUGCUGAAUGUCAAAGCUGGAAAAUGUCCUUGAAUAUUUAAUUUCUGAAUUGCCUCGUGGGUUUUGGAUUAUUGUAUUCUUAUGCUAAUUCUCUAGGCUGUGCUCUAGUAAGAGUGAACUCAAGGGUGUCCAGUAUAUGAUUUCAUGAAAAAAGAAAGAAAACCUAAGAUUUCCUAAGGUCUCCCUAGAGCAAAAGUGGGGGGCCAUGGACCACUGGGCAAUGCUUGGUGUACAGCCCCCCUGUAUUGUUAUUCUGGUUGCCAGUCAUUUGUAAAUCAGAAGGGGGCAAAAUACCAGUUUUGUUGUGACAUUUUUCACAUGAAAUGCUAAUUCAACCCCAAGAUAGUAUUAUCAGAUCAUUAUUUGGCAUUAUUUACCUAAAAUUUGUGAUAAUAUUUUUUUUCUGGUAGAAUAUCCUUUAUGAGAAAAUUUGUUAUAAUUUAAGGCAAUGGGCAAAGAAAGUUUUGUCUGGGUUUAGUGGAUUUUACUAUCUGGCUAGUGAAUUCUGUUCUUAACUUGCCCAACGGGAAAGGGAAUUUAAAGAGAACUGUAAUCAAUGCUACCGGUCAAGAAUUGUAUUGGGGCUUGUUAAAACUGCUCUUGGGUUAGUACACGUUAGCUACGGCUUUCCCAAAGGGUAAGCUGUUAAACAGACUUUCUUUGCACCCUGGACUUACUGCUUUGAUUGGUAAAAGGCAUCCUUUGCAUUGCAUUUUCAAACUGUUUCUAGGAAUCGAUCCUUAACAGUUGCUCUGUGUUUGUGUUUUUAGAUAUGGCGGCUCUUACAAUUCAUGAGCAUGAAGGUGAUGGUGACAAUGACACUCUGGGACCCCUCCCUCCACACCAGCAAGGAAUCUCCUGGAUGGCAGGGCCCCCAAGUUAUGGCUAUCAUCAAAUGCCUCCAUAUCCCACAGGCCCCCCAGUCAUGGUUGAUGCACAGACACCAGGGUAUGCGCAGUCAUUUUACAGUGCACACAGUGGUAGCCAAAGCCCUCACAGUGCUAGUGGCAGCUCUAAAAGAAGUGGCGGUGGCGGUAACCGUGGAGAUGGUGACAACAGAAGUAGUGGUGGAAGCAGCAGUGGGAAGAGUGGUAGCAGCAAGGGAAAGGAUCGUGAUGCACGUAGCGUGGAAGGGUCAGCUGCUCCAAUACUCCCUGCUCCACCCCCGGUUGGGGUACCCAUGCCCGGGACCCCUGGACUCGCUAUGAUACCGAGACCACUUGAUCAAGUCCCUGAUAAUCUGUCAGCCAGUAGGAACAGUUUUAGGAUGGCCAUGGGUAAUCCUUGUGAAUUCUUUGUAGAUGUCAUGUGA